ACUAUCCACAAUUAGAAGAAAUUCUUGCACAAUGGUUUGACCUUGCACUAGAAAACUAUUUAACAAUUACAGUGUUAAUUUUACAAGAAAAGGCCAAACAGGUUGCAGCGACUUUAAAAAUUCAAAAUUUUGCUGCGUCUGAUAGUUGGUUGCAAGGUUUCAAAAAACGAUAUCAUAUUGUUUGUACUACACAUUGUAGAGAAGCUGCUAGUGCCCCUAUUGAAAAAUUAUCUAAAUUUUAUCUAUCUUUACAAAAUGAAACAUCAAAUUAUGAUUUA